GACACAUGCGAGCUUUUCUGCUCGACCUGGCGGGGCGACCGGACGUGGACGCGGUCGAAGCAAAGAAGCAGCUGCUGCGCCAGUAUGUCAAAGAAACUGUGGACGCAAGCAACAGAGUCAGAGGGCAGAAGACAACGCAGGAGCCGCCCUUUCAGCAGGCUCUGGCGGAGUCUUUGUCACCGGCAAGAGAUGGAGCCGCCGAUGAAGACCAAGACGUGCCUACCCUCAGCGAGGCAGCGCGGCUCGUUGUCCCCACUGAAGCGGCCCGAAUCAACGACGCUUUUGCGGAGGUGAUGCAGGAAGUCGACACAGAGGGGCCUGCCGGAGAGCAGGGUCUAUCGGCGACGCCCGGGCGAAACUUCGGAGCCCCAUCCCUGAAGAAAGAGGCGGCAGCGUCGGAGGCCCUGGUCAUAGCUUCGCUCAGGGCAUUUUCCACCUCCCGCGCCAACCUUUUGCAGCCAGCAAGCGACAAGUCCUCUGGCGGGGGGCAGAAGCGAGGCCCUUUUUCUUUUUUUCGAGCCUACUUCCGUUUUCUCUGUCGCAAGGUGUUCAGUGACAAGCGCCAGCUCGGUAUGUAUCCGGAACACAGCGAAGGGACCUCAAUCGACCUUGCAAUGACAGGGGCAGCGAUCACAGGAUGGAGCGGCACCGAGGAAGGGCAUGAAGCGUUUCCUUAUUGGGUGAAAAAGGAUCGCCUCAGCGAUGCCACGAAGGCUAUCUACGACAAAAUGAGCAGUAUGCCGAGUCCGCAUGUGAGGGUGAUAAACGUAGGAAGCCCCGCGCGGCCGACGCCUGCCAACACACCGACUGACCCAUCCGAUGGGCUUGGAGCAAGCGCCAGACUCAGUCCCAUUGAUCUAUUGCCCUCUGAGUCUGAGGACGCCGGCGCGAAUACUUCUGGGGACGCGAAUUCUGCGCCGCUGCAUGCGUUGAUCGAUGCCGGCGCGCUUUUGUGGAAUUUUCAUGAAGAGGAUGUCGCGACUUCUUUCCUACAGUAUUUCCUCAAACUCCGCAACGCUGCGGCCGAGGACAAGGAGGGCCCCGGCAGGUCAGCCGCGUUUCCUGCUGUCGCAGUUGCGUUCCAUACUUUCUCUGGCAGAUUAGCUCUGAAAGUCGGGGUGGUCAAGAAUACGGGAGGCGCCAGGCGCGUGUGGGCUGUUCGCGCAGAGCCCACCAUUUUGCGCGGCAGUGAUCAUGGCGACAUCAGGAGUGCGGUCGUCAAGGACUUGAAGCUCCACAAGAUGGUAGGAAUUCCGGCAGAGGAGUGGCGGCGGUUAUUGUUUUGCUACUUCUCCACGAAGCGAACCACCGGCGUCGAUUUUCCUUUGCCGAAAACGAAGGCGCGCGCCCUGCUCACGAGUGGGCCGCGCGUGUCGGCGUCGCGAUUACGACAGGCUGCACUGCGGGCCCGCCAGUUUCUCGACGAAGACGGCCAACAACUACAGGCAGUGGUCACAGAUGAGGCGCUGAAAUUUUGGAAGAAAACGAGACCUGAAUGGACAGAUGCUGGCCUAAACCUCGGGUUCCGUCAUAUCAUUUCGGCUGCGAGAGACGUCGAGUCCGCAGUCGCGACACGGUCACAGCUCUACGCGCUGCAGCUAACCAUGCGAGGGCUUGGCGUUGAUUUUGUGCAUCGAGCAAGGGCUGAAUUUUUUGGCACGUUAGAAGGGCCAAAAGAGCAGCUGCAGCGGGACACGGACCAGAGCCGGGUCGCGUGCUUGGUUGCGGGACAGGAUAUUGCAGUCGAGAAAGGUUCCGAAGCUGAGACAAACUUCGGCUACGAGUCGCGUGAAGAAACUGACGAUGGCACGCCGCAAGGACGCUGGACGACAAUGCAAAAAACGGCUGAAAACCUGAAGACGAGGCUGACCGGAGGCGUCAACAAGGUUGCACAAGCUUGCGCAUAUCCCUUCGCUACACAACAUGCGGCAACAACGAAUGCGCGCAUCGAGUCCGUGUUCAACUACUUGAGAACGAGGAUCGAAGAGAACGAAGGCAGUAGCAACCGGGCCACCGCAGUCCUUUCUGAAGAUGCUGGAAACAGUUGGUUACAAGGACAAAAGGAGACGAUAGUGGAGCAAGAAGAGGAUAGAGAAGAAGAGCAGGAGAUGGAGCGGGAAUCUGAGCGCGAGCUAGAGUUUGGGUUUGGCGCCAUUCGGAUCUACGAGCCCAGCCCGGAAGACGGCAAGCUAGAGGUGCGGGGAAAGUCCUCUUCGGUACAUUUUGGCAGCUCGCCUGUUGGCCUCCCCCUGAUUCCGCUUACGCAGAUACCUCUUCCCACACGCGCGCAGCGACUUGUGAGGGAAUUUGAGCCCGCAGGCAGUAUAGGGACGGAUCGCGCUGCUUCGUUUCUUGACGGUUUUUACUUGUCACGCAGGUUCCCGGUUUUCUUCAAGCCAGACGACAGCACCACAGGCAUGCCAAGGGAACCAAUUAACCAUCCUCAAGUCGCGCAAAGUUGGAGCGUUCGGUCACUCGACUUGCGCUUACUGCGGCGCGUGUGUGUCUUUUUUCCGAUCUUGAUUGGAGGUAGUGAAACAAGGGUGAGCGCCCCUGCCUUCUUCUUUGCAGAAACCAUUCAAGAUUGCCGGCUCGCGCGUGAUGCAAUGAUGGACGGGCGCGACCCGAAUAAAGGGGCCCUUGUCGUGUUUGAGCGGGUGCUCGACUUCUCACCGGUCAUUCCGGCAGGCGGGGGCCAGGAGUUUGAUUUUCUCCAAUCCGCAACAGUGCACAUGCCAGAUGGAGAAGAAAAUCCUGCGAAGCAGGGGGGCGAUCUCUCGCUCUCGGUACAACAGCGCUCCCAGAUGCAAAUGGCGCUGUGUGAAAUGAGCAUCCGAAGCCAGCUGCUGCUUGGUGACUCGCAGAUGCUCCUUCGGUUGCUACGAUACGAGCAGGAGCGCCACGAAUUCCGGAGGCAACAACUCGACGCGUCGAGCAAAAGGGGUUCGGGCUCAGUUGCGAAAGUGUGCGGGGACACGCAUUCGCUCCCGUAUACACGAACCAUGUUGAAGGUGAUUUGCAACGGAGAGACGAAAGGGCGCGAAGCUACGGACACCCAGGGGCCAUCGCGUGCGGAAGUAGAGAAGGCCACCUUCCUGCCAAAGGGAAAGGAAGUCGCUGCCACGGAAAAGGUCACGAACGAGCUGCAGCGACUUGUGGACACCUAUUGUCCGACCCGGCCACAGCGACGGCGGCUGAGGCUCUUCUUGGCAACAACCAAGAAUGACG